CUCAUUUGGGUCUAAAUGUCUCAGUUGGGCUGGCUAUAUGGAUCUGCAACAGAGGAUGUCCUCACCGGGCUUUUUAUCCAAGGGAAAGGCUGGAGAUCCGCCUACUGUACACCCGACCCACCUGCUUUUCUUGGAUGUGCACCUUCGGGUGGGCCGGCCAUAAUGAUCCAACAGAAGAGAUGGGCUACUGGGCUUUUUGAAAUUAUUUUCUUCAGUCAAAGCCCAAUUAUCGGAACUCUUUUUGGAAAGCUUCAAUUGAGACAAUGCAUGGCUUAUUUGUAUAUCCAACUAUGGGCCUUGAGAUCCAUUUUUGAAGUAUGUUAUGCUAUUCUGCCUGCCUAUUGCCUGAUCACCAAUUCCAGCUUUUUACCCAAGGCAAAUGAACCAAGUAUGGUUAUACCAGCAUCAAUCUUUAUCGUCUACAAUCUAUAUGGUUUAUCAGAGUAUGUUAGAGCAAAUGAGCCAAUAAAAGCAUGGUUAAACAAUCAAAGAAUGUGGAGAGUCAAUGCUAUGACUGCAUGGCUAUUUGGGAUUCUAAGUCUACAACAAAAAUUACUUGAAAUUUCUGAGAUUGCAUUUGAAGUUACAAAAAAGGACCAACGGAAUGAAGGAGAUGACACAAAUAAUUCUAAUAUUGGAAGGUUCACAUUUGAUGAUUCACCAAUUUUUGUGCCUGGCACUACAAUUCUCUUAUUGAACCUUAGUUCCUUGUUCAUUGGGAUUUUAGAUUUCAAACAAGGGAGAGAUUUUGAAUGGGGAUUAGGAGAGGUUAUAUGCAUUAUGUGGGUACUUUUCAUAUUUUGGCCAUUUUUGAAAGGGUUAUUUGCUAAAGGGAAGUAUGGGAUUCCAGCAACAACUAUUCUCAAGUCAGGGGCAUUGGCAUUGUUGUUAGUUCAUCUUUUCAAGUUUACCAAUAAGUUGUAAAUUUUUUUUCUUACAUUUUGAAUGCUCAAAUUUCAAUAGCAUAUAU